GCCAGCCCCCCCGGGACCGGCGUGGGAGAAGGAAACCCCACGCUCGAUUUGGCCUUCUCCUCGGUGGAUGACCUGUACGAAGGCUGCACGAAAGCCAUGUGGCAACAUCUCCCGUCCCUGAUCGAAAAGGAGCUGACCAAGGACAACAACUUCAACCCGGCUUGGAACCAGGCCAAGAAGGAGUGGAUGAGGAAGACGAAUAGGUACAUCUUCCCCAACACGACGAAAGCUUUCUGCAGCGUCGCAGUGGUGGCCUACACCUUAAACUACCCGCCUCUGUACAAGGAGUUCAACAUGGCUACCAGGAGGGGCUGGACGGGACCCGACGCCUACGCCAGCUACCCCUUCAAGGCUUUGCAUUUCCUGCUGACCCAGGCGCCCAAAGUCAUAUGGGGGAUAACGCACAGUUGUGCCACCGUCUACAGAGGAGCUGACGUAAUGUGCUCCAUCAGCCGCAGCGGCUUGUUCCGCUUUGGCCAGUUCACCUCCACCUCAAAGAGCUGGAAGGCGGCGGCCAGAUUCAGCAAAAAGACCUUCUUCAUCCUGUUUUCCUGCAAGGGGUAUGCGCUUCGGGACCUGUCCCACUUCCCUAAAGAAGAAGAGGUGCUGGUGCCGCCCUCCGAGAUGUUCCAGGUCACCGGGAUCCAGGGCACAUGGACGAGGCAGACUGUCCACGCCAAGUCAGUGAGGGUCUGCAGCAACCACAACUGCGCCUACACAAGGAAAG